AUGUUUCAAUUUACAAUGAUCCAAAGUAAACAAUGGCAAUAUGGUGAUUGUAAAGUAGUUCAUGCAAAUCUUUGUGUGGAAGAUGAACUAAACGAAACUGCAAUAGGUGCAGAAAAUAUCAUUCGUAAACUUGUUGAAAUUGAGAAACGUAUUUUAACCAUCGAGGAAAAAAAUGAUAAAUUCAGUACAUAUAUUAAAGAUGCAAUGAAACAAAUUUCUUCUCGUCUACCGACGUAUUAUUAUUUUAAUCUAUUUCAAAAUCAGAAUAAUAUUAAUCAAAUUCAAUUUAUUCAUUUACUUGAAGAAAAUCAUAAUGCUAUGAUUUUUUAUUACAAUUCAAUUUUUGAAAGUUUCAAUAUUAAUGGUUUUUUGCUACAUGAUAUUAAAAAUUUAAUGGAAACAAUUCGUGAAAUCUUAAAAGAUGAUAUCAUUUGUAAUUAUCAACUUGUUUUACGUAUUUAUUCAAAUAAUCAAAUUUUGUUCAAUCCAAUCGAUCGAGACUUAUUUAAAGAAGUUAACUUAACAAAUGCAUCACCAUCAGUCAUUGAAAAUGUCUAUAUAAUGAUUAUUUCAGAGGAAUUGAAAAUAUCGUCAUCGGGUAAUUUAGAUGGUUCACAAGCAAUAAUUGUAUCAUCAUUUUCCACCAAUGUAAUUUGGUAA